GAUGGCGGUCGGGGGUGGCGGUGGCGGUUUGCGUCCGUUUUGCGUGUCACUAUGGCUGAGUAACUGUGGUCGGUGGGCCAGCAGUCAUUGUGGCCGGAAUCGGGUGUCAUUGUGGCCAGAAUCGGGUGUCACUAUGGCCGGAGUCACUUUGGCCAGAGUCACUGUGGCCAAAGUCACUGUGGCGGUGGGGCAGCCACUGUGGUCGGUGGGGCAUUCACUGUGAUUGGUGAGGUCACUUUGGGCGGAGUCACUUUGCUCGGAGUCACUUUACACUGCAGGAUUAAUUGUGAUGCUGGUCACAUUUUUAGAAUUUUUAAAAAUAGAUCACUUUUCUAUCUUUUAUCCUAUUUUUAGUAAUAUUGAAAUAAAAGGCCUAUUUUUUGCCCCCUAGGUGCAACUUCUUAAACUUGUGAGUUAGUAAUCAUCUUGCCAUUGAAAUUCAACUAUCUUCCGGGUUCGGAAUCAAAGAGAAACAAGCAGCUUUGAAAACAUUCUCAGCAAGACUGAAAAAUGGAGGAAAUCUCGCAAUCAUCCGCGCCACCACUUGAUUCCCUCAAACUGUCCCACAAGAUUACCGAAGUCGCCGCCGGAGAAGCUCACACUCUCGCUCUCACCGCGGAUGGGAGCGUUUAUUCUUGGGGAAGAGGAUUUUUUGGCCGGCUCGGCACUGGAUCGGAGCUCGACCAGAUGUUUCCUGUCAGAGUUGAGUUUGGCUCUACGGCUGUUAAGAUUGUGGCUAUUGCGGCUGGAGCUUAUCACAGUCUCGCGCUUGCAGAUGAUGGGUCUAUUUGGGGAUGGGGUUAUAAUUUAUACGACCAACUUGGUGCAAAUGGAGAAAAUUCGCUAGCUCCUCGUUUACUAGAAGGAUUCAUUGGGCUGGGUUCCCUCAAUGCCUCAAGAGAGGAACCAGAAAAGAAGAAAUUAAUGAUUUAUUCUGUUAAAGCCGGAGCAAUGAUGUCUCUAGCAAUUGACAGUCUAGGAGGUCUCUGGAUAUGGGGCAACUGCCCUCAGCCACAACAAGACAAGCCAGUUGAUGCUAAAUUUUCUAUCGCAUGCACUCCUAAUCCAACACCUGUAUGGAGCUUUCAUCGGCACACUGUUGUUAAGGUGGCAUGUGGAAAUGAGCAUAUUGUGGCAUUGGUUACCACAGGGGAAACGUAUGAAGGGGAUAAUGAUCUUGUGUGCUAUUCUUGGGGUGGAAACAGUCAUGGUCAAUUAGGUUUGGGGGAUAAAGAAAGCCGAAUCUUUCCGGAAAUUGUCAAACCCUUUAAUUCCCAAUCCCCUUGGACCGUUUAUGAGGUGGCAUGUGGGGCUUUCCACACAGCUUUACUAUCAAAGAAAACCCAAAAUGGCAUAUUGGAAAGUGUUUGCUGGACAUUUGGCCUAGGUGACAAUGGGCAAUUAGGUCAUGGCACUAACCAAAGCCAUUUAUCCCCCGAACCAGUGAGAGAAUUGCCAAGAAGUGCGACUCUCAUUUCAAUUGACUGCGGCUUGUUCCACACCAGUCUUAUCUCAUCAGCUGGAGAUGUUUGGUCAUGGGGAAUGCAAAAAGGCAUGGGUCUAUGCCCCGAUACAAGGUUCACCGGAGAUGAAACUGGCGAUGCAAUGUUGCCUGUAUUGAUCCAUUGUGAAAAUGGGCAUAAUAAGUUUCAAGAACCUGUCCAAAUUGUCUGUGGUGCAGCCCAUACAGUUCUCCUUUCAGAUUCUGGGUACAAGAUCUGGUCGUGGGGACGGGGACGGAGUGGGGUACUUGGAACUGGUCAAACAACUGAUACUUUCAUUCCAAUUCCCGCAAUGUGGCCCCCGCCUCUAGAUGAAUAUAAGAGCAAAGAAAGUGAAGAAGAAAUGAAACCUACUAAGGAGGUCAUUGAAAUGGAGAAAAAGCUAUAUGCAGCCAAGAUGGAGAUAAAUCAGCUUCGAACGAAACUAUCUGUGAUGGGAAAGUACGCUGGCAUCCUUCACAGCUCUAUAUUUGGGAAACCGUUUGAUGAUAAACAAGAUAUCCCUGCCUCAGUGCACAGUGGGGGUACGUUUGAAAUAGCAAAGGAGUGGGAAAACAUGUUGGAGUGCUUGGAUCGUGGAAAGCUAGUGAGGCUAGAGUUGUUUUACAGCAACAUGCUUGCUGGUGUUAAGGAUAGCAUAUUGAAGAAACGGAUCAAGGAGAUCGUUGUCGAUUGCCUUGGCUCUUCCCGUUAAUGCAAUUAGUGAGUCCAUAGGUUUCUCCAAGAACAUAACUGUUGUAUAGUCAAAUGUUGUUUGACCAAUGUGAAUUAUCAAGUUGUGUUGUAAUUUGUUUUCAUCAUUUAUCCCAAUUGCGCGCCAGUGCAACUGAUCCCAUAGAGUUGGGAUUACAAUGGUUUGGUUUUGGCCUAACGUCCAACCGGUGUCUGGCCGUCUGGGAGGUGCAUGUGUUGUGCAGUACAUGCGAUGACAUUUUGAAGAAAGAAAGAAAACCGUAUACCACCCCAAGAAAAAACAAUCUGCCAGCCAUUUUGAAGAAAGAAAGAAAACCGUAUACCACCCCAAGAAAAAACAAUCUGCCAGCCGGCACUAUUGUUCUCCUCAUGCUUGAUGAGAAACUUCUCAGAGAGUUUCUAAAAUUGUGGUGCCAUGUAGUUAAAAUAAUGUGUAGACGAAGAUUAGAUGGUUAUUCAUGCCAGAAACUUGACAUUGCAACUUUAAAAAAACUAGGCGACGUAUACUAAGUUGAAGUGUAGUCAAUGUUCCAAUCUUUUCUAACAUUCAACUCUCAACUAUCAAUUGUUCGACCCCUCACUGUUUCAAC